AUGGUGUCCUUUGCGCAGCCGUCCUUUUGGCAGAUCAAAUACCUAGUCAACUCUCUGAGCAAAAAGAAUCAGAAGACGAGUCUCACAGAGCUGCACAACCUCAUCGCAGCCUUCGGCUAUGACGCCCAGGUCUUUUAUCUCAGGGUGCUCCUGGAGAGUGUGCCGACGACGCAGCAAGCAGGUGGCAAAGGCUCCACCCAGCUGCUGGUGCUCUCCAGUGAGCUCAAGGACAUGGAGAACGAGGAGCAGUUCGGGCAGGUGCUUUGCCAGGCCAUCGCAGAUUACAAGGAAUCCAUCACGGAGGAGUUUCUGCAGACCUUGUGCAAGGCUGGAAUGAUUGACUGGCAAAGGGGAUGUGAGGACUUGGGCGGACAUCUUUAG